AUGACAUUUCGCGUCAGUGUCAACAUCCAGACCCAGCGCAAGAAGAUCUUCAUUAACGAAUUGGAGUUGGAUGUUUUCACAUUUCCGACUGUCAAACAUGUGAAGACCCGUGUGUUGCAGUUCGUGGAAGCCUGUAAGAACAAGCUUCACAAUAUCAAUAUUGGCACCCCAAUGAUUGAGGAAUGGACUGUGGUAAAGAUGAGGGGCGCAGAAGCCAUUGAAUGCAAGGAUGAUGUCUUGAUGACGGCAAAGGAGGAUGUCAAGUGUGUCUAUUGCGACCUCAUGACCAAGCUACACCUUGCUCUGAAAGACUUUUCCAAGACAGAGGCUGGAAAGGAGGCAGACCGUGCCUUUGCUGAGGCAAUGGGAUAUGCUAAUGCUGGGGCUUCUUCUUCGGAGCAACCUGCUGUUGAGCAGGAAGCAGUGGCAUCACCUCUCUUGGCAGCCACCAAGUGGGGUGCUUCCAAAUCACAUACCUUCAAGGACUACCACACGUUCAAACGUGCUAUGGAUUGCUAUGGUGUGUAUCAAGUUGAUGAGGAGUUCUUGAAAAAGAACAACACCUACUACUUGGGAAAGGAGGACAGCGAGAACCAGACCAGCGCCUCAGAUGAUGAGACCCUGACAGAGACAGCAACGACAGUGCCUGAGAGUGCCAUUGAGACCGUGCCUGAACCAGAGAGCAUUGAUGACACCGUCAAGUCCAUCAUUGCCCGUUUUGAAGGCAAGAACCACGAGAUUGAAUUGACCGAUGACAUCAAGACCGUUGCCAAGUUGAAGGGUGCCAUUGCCAACAAGUUGAAUUUGGUGCCUAAGGACACUCGCAUUUUCAGGACUGGGAAUGGCGAGGAAAUCACCAAGAGCGGUGGCACUUUCUACAAGAAUGCUGGUAUCAAGGUGAAUGACACGCUGGAAAUUCAAGUUCGUGGUCGUGGUGGUGGUGGUAAGGUUGCCAAGACCACUACCAAACAGGCAAAAGCCAACCGUGUGAAUACCAAGGUUGCUGAGCUCAUCCAUUUGAUGGAAGAGAUUGCCACUACCCUGCCUCAGAACAUCAAAGAAAUCUCGGUCAUUGGCGAUAUGGGGCGCAAAGUUGAGAACCUUAUGAAGGUGAUUAAUGCCCGUGGAGGCGCUCAGGCGCUCAUCUAUCAGGUGAAGAUUUUGAAGGACAAUAUCCCUGAGGCAUUUGCCCGUUGCCGUGAUUACAUCAAGAACACUGGCACAAAUGCGGCAAGAACCAAGCUCAAUGCCAUUGCUGGGGAUUUCUUCGGCUGUGCUCCUGCUUUUGAGUUCAGUGAGAGCGUGUCUAAGACUUUGGAAUUGCCAAAGCCUGCCAUAAAUUCAGCCUUUGAAAAGGCAACCGUAGAAGGAAAUUUCACGAUGGGCGAUUUCCAGCGCUUGUUUGACACAAUGGACGUGCUGGUGUCAAGCUUUGCUGUGGCAGGUGAUGCUACAAUGGCGUCAUAA